AUGGCCGAAACAACUGAAAAGAAGAAGAGUGAUGUCGCGGAGGUGCUCAUGAAAAAGAGAAAGAAUUUUAAUGCAAAGAAAUUUUUCGUCGACCUUCUCACUGGAGGUACAGCUGCAGCCAUCUCGAAAACCGCCGUCGCCCCUAUUGAAAGAGUGAAACUUCUGCUCCAGGUAAAGAUUUGCGGAUGUUUUCUCAUCAAACAUUUGAUAGAACGUCUUGUUUUCCUCCUGGAUGUGAUGUAG